GUGUGUCUAUAUAUAUAUCUGGAUUAAUAUGAUAGCAGAUGAAGAAGUGAAUUUGGUGGUGUAUGUGUUUUGAGGGAGUUGGGAUUAGAUAUUGGGAUUUGAGGGUAUGAUUCACUUGCUGGGAGUUUCAAGAUUGUGAUAUGUUAUGUGGGUUUAUUUUUAUGUUCUUUGUUUUUACGAGGAUCUGCGUGCUGGUUUUAUCGUAGGUUAGGGUUUUGCUUUUGAGGUGAAAAGGGUUAAUAUAUGGCUUCCAAACGGAUAUUGAAGGAGCUCAAGGAUUUGCAGAAGGACCCUCCUACAUCAUGUAGCGCUGGUCCUGUAGCGGAAGAUGUGUUCCAUUGGCAAGCCACAAUUAUGGGGCCUUCUGAUAGCCCUUAUGCUGGAGGUGUAUUUUUAGUUUCUAUUCAUUUUCCUCCUGAUUACCCUUUUAAGCCACCAAAGGUUGCAUUUAGGACCAAGGUUUUCCAUCCUAACAUCAAUAGCAAUGGAAGCAUUUGCCUUGAUAUUUUGAAAGAACAGUGGAGCCCAGCAUUGACUAUAUCUAAGGUAUGUUAAUUUGUUAUUUUGGUAGGUGACAUCUGCAGU